AUGUUUUUCAGGGUUAAUGCAGUAUCAAAUAGUCAAGUGCGUGGCGAAUCCAUGCAGGAGAGUAUUUUGGGUACGAAAGGAUCUCGCUUAUGGUUGAUGUGUGGUUUUGUGCUAUCGUUUGCAUCGUUAGUAGCGGCGCUUUGGAUUAUGUUUGCGGAUUAUGUGCUUGUUGUCGGAGAUCAUCCAACAUGGCCUGGAGUUGCACUGUUCUUCCACAAUUUCUUAAUAUUUCUUGCUUCACUUGUCUAUAAAUUUGGCAGAACCGAGGAACUCUGGGGAUCUCGCUUAUGGUUGAUGUGUGGUUUUGUGCUAUCGUUUGCAUCGUUAGUAGCGGCGCUUUGGAUUAUGUUUGCGGAUUAUGUGCUUGUUGUCGGAGAUCAUCCAACAUGGCCUGGAGUUGCACUGUUCUUCCACAAUUUCUUAAUAUUUCUUGCUUCACUUGUCUAUAAAUUUGGCAGAACCGAGGAACUCUGGGGAUAG